AUGACUUUAAAAGUGGUGGGACUGACGAAGAAUUUGGCUGUGGAGCUUGGAAAACAUGGCAUUCGCGUAAACUGUGUGUCACCACACGUAGUUCCCACACAGCAGUCGAAGGAUUUCUACAAAAUGGAUGAUGAGGGAUUCGGAAAUGUAUAUUCUAUCCUCAAAGGUGUUUCACUUAAGCCAGAGGAUGUGGCUGACGCUGUUCUGUUCUUGGCUAGCGAUGAGUCGAAGUGCGUUCAUGGACACAACCUUUUUGUUGAUGGGGGGAUCACAAUUGCGAAUUCCAAGUUUUCCAUGUUUGAAUAA